UCUCCUCACUCCUCUCUUAUAAAUACCAGCUUGAGUUUCAAGAAUUCCACCACCACCACCACCCAAGAUUUCCUUUCUUUCCUCUUUGAAAACCAGGUUGUAACAAAACAGUCAUGGGGUCUCUACUAACCCAGAAGCCCCAUGUGAUAUGCAUCCCAUAUCCAUCCCAAGGCCCCAUGAACGCUAUGCUACAUCUAGCCAAGAUCCUCCAUUUUAGAGGCUUUUACAUCACCUUUGUCAACACCGAAUUCAACCACCAACGCCUAGUGAGGUCUAAAGGCCCGGACUCCAUCAAGGGCUUCGAUGAUUUCCGAUUCGAGACCAUACCCGACGGUCUUACAACACUCAAUCAGGACCGCACACAAGACAUCACGGCCCUAUGCGACUCCCUUAGGAAGAAUUUCCACUCUCCACUCCUUGAUCUCUUAAAGAAGAUCAAUGCCAUGCCGAAUGUUCCCCCAGUCACUUGCAUAAUAUCCGACGGAUUCUUGAGCUUUACUCUACAGGCGGCCGAAGAGCUAGGCAUCCCGGAGUAUCUAUUCUAUACACUAAGCGCGUGCGGUUUACUGUGCGGUCUUUAUUUUCAGGAGCUCGUCGAGAGAGGCUACAUACCAUUGAAAGAUGAGAGUUGCUUAACCAAUGGAUAUCUCGACACACGCAUCGACUGGAUUCCAGAGAUGAAAGACAUUCGACUAAGGGACUUGCCGAGUUUCAUUAGAACAACGAGUAUUGAUGAUAUCAUGUUUAACAACGAGUUAGAAAAUGCAAAGAAUGCACCAAGAGCUAAGGGAGUCAUUCUCAACACGUUUGAGGAUUUGGAAUGUGACGUUCUGGAAGCAAUCCAAUCCAAGUUCUCGCUUCAGAUCUUUCCUAUAGGUCCUUUGGUGUUACUGAGUCACCAGAUAUCCGAAAGCCCAUCCAAGUCCAUCGCAUUGAAUUUGUGGAAAGUAGAUACUACUUGUCUGAAGUGGCUGGACACAAGAGAGCCUGGAUCGGUCCUUUAUGUGAAUUUUGGGAGCAUCACAGUCAUGACGGCACACCAGGUGAGGGAGUUUGCUUGGGGGCUUUCGAAUAGCAAUCAUCCCUUCUUAUGGAUCAUUCGACCUGAUCUUGUGAUGGGAGAUACAGUAAUUUUGCUAGAGGAUUUCAUUGAAGAGACAAAAGGAAGGUGCCUGCUAGCAGAUUGGUGUGCACAAGAGCAAGUUCUUGCACACCCUUCCAUCGGAGGAUUCCUAACGCAUUGUGGGUGGAAUUCAACAGUUGAAAGCGUAGGGAGUGGGGUGCCCAUGAUAUGUUGGCCAUUCUUCGCUGACCAACAAACGAAUUGCCGGUACAUAUGCACCGAGUGGGGGAUUGGAAUGGAAAUCGACACCAAUGUGAAAAGAGAUGAAGUGGAAAAGCUGGUAAGGGAAUUGAUGGAAAGAGAAAAAGGUAAAGAGAUGAAGCUGAAGGCCUUGGAGUGGAAGGAGAGUGCUGAGAAUUCUACCAAGAAAGGAGGCUCUUCUUACGUGAAUUUGGACAAACUAGUAAAUGAUAUGAUUCUUGGUAAUAGCUGAUGACUGUCGAUCAUGGACCACUACUGUUUCAUUCCUUCUCCAUGGUUGAAAUAUGUAUGAGAUUUGACAGUGUGUACUGACUGAUGCAUGGUAUGUUGUGUGUGUGUGUGUGU